UUGGGUCACCCAAGCAUACAGGAUAUUAAGGGUCCCGCGACACAAGGUUGCCUGCUCGGUCCAGUAUAUAUAUAUAUGGGACCGGACUCCUCACACUCACACCUCUCCUUUCUCCAGUCCAGGACAGUAACCGAGCAGUCAUGAAGGUCCAGGUCGUGAUGAUGUUGUUAGCGCUCUCUGUAGUGGCUUCAGUAGCUGUGGCGGAGCCCGAGGCCAAGCCAGAUUUCCACCUUGGUCUCUUAAGCCCCGGAGGGGUCGGUGGCUUUGGUAAGCAAGCGGGUUAUGGCGGCCAGGAUGACAUCGGGUCGCUGUUGGGUCUCAAGGUCCUGGCGGCUCUAGGGGGCCUCAAAGCUCUUGGUGUUGCUGGGGCCCUUGGAGGUCUCGGAGGCCUUAGAGGCCUAGGCAACGGCCUUGGUGGUGGUGGUGGUGGUGGCCGUGGCUACUAUGGAACCCCAUAUUACAAUGCUGGUUACGGCUCUUCUUCAAACAACUUCCCGCUCAAGAAGAGCUACACUACUUAAGAACCUCCGGCUGAUUAUUAACUACUCCAGCGGAUACGGGUACUCGAAGAACUGGAGAAUUGAACGAAGAACGAAGAGCUAUGAGCUGCGGCACGUCUCCCUCAGCACCGUCCAGAUCUACCGAGCUUCUGCAGUUAGCAAUAACUAAGAGCUCCAGUAAUGUGCAUGUUCUUCUGUUAGUAAAAAGAUCAGCUAUU